AUGGAUUCAGCCUUCCAAAAGGAACUCACUUGCUUCAUCUGCUUGAACUACCUUACAGACCCCAUCACCAUAGGCUGUGGGCACAGCUUCUGUAGGCCCUGUCUCUGCCUUUCCUGGGAAGAAGCUGAAACUCCUGCCCGUUGCCCCCUGUGCAGGGAAACAUCAGAGCAGACAGAGUUCAAAACCAAUAUUCUUGUGAAGAAUCUGGUGUCACUUGUCAGACAAGACAGUCUCUGUCAAUUUCUGAGCUCUGAGGAACAGAUGUGUAGGACACACAAGGAGACAAAGAAGAUGUUCUGUGAGGAGAACAAGAACUUGCUCUGUUUGCUCUGCUCUAACUCUCCAGAGCAUGAGGCUCACAGACACUGUACCAUAAAAUGUGCUGUUGAGGAAUACCGGGAGAAACUGUUAAAGCAAAUGAGGUCUUUAUGGGAAAAGAUCCAAGAAAAUCAGAGGAAUCUAAAUAAGGAGAGACGAAUAGCCAGAGAGUGGGAUUUAAAUAUGUUUAUGCGAACAUACCUGAUCAGAAAAGAGUAUCGGAAGUUGCAUCCUAUCCUCCUUGAAGAGGAAAAACAACACUUACAGGGACUAGAAAGUGAAGGAGAAAAAAUCUUCCAGCAACUCAAGGAAAAUGAGGCAGCGAUGGCUCAAAAGAGAAAGCACCUAAGAGAAAUGUAUGAAGAGCUGAUGAAUAUUUGCCAUAAACCAGAUGUGGAGCUACUCCAGGAUUUGGGAGACAUAUUGACCAGGAGUGAGUCCGUGCAGCUGCACAUGCCCCAGCCUGUGAACCCAGCACUCAGUGCCAGGCCCAUCACUGGACUGAUAGACAGGUUCAACCAAUUCCGAGGUGAGUGUCAGCCCAGUGGUGGGACCUCAUAGUGUCUUUCAUUUAUGGUUUUCUAUGAGCAAUCUUUCC